UUCACAUUAAACCUCAUUAUAUAGCAACCACGGGUUGUAUACUGUAUACACAUACAAGGGAAUGCAGAUGCCAUCACGUGAAUACUGUGGUACUCUCACCACUAGAGGACAGUGGAGUUCUGUACACAGUUAUUACCGCCUCUUUACCUUCCAGCUUCCUCUCAGUCCUUGUGUGGUCAGUGUCUUCUUAGCUGUAGCAGGUGUGUUAGAUUCGGUUUAGCACUGCAAGAAGGCAGAUCUUAGUUAGACGGACAACUGGAAGCUGUGAGAGUGCAAACGUGAACAGCAAUGCACAAGGUUAAUGGAUCCGCCAGAGUGCUAAACGUAUUCGGCUUGCUUUAGAACAGAGUGCAUGCUCUGGUCUUGAAAGGCUGUAGUCCAGCAUUUUGGGAACGUUUUCCUGCACAAAGACACCCUUAUUUAUUGCACAACUUGAAGAUUAAGCAAAGCGUCUGGAAUAUUCCAUCCCUGAGGCUCCGCGCGUGCUUUAAACACAGAGGGCCGAUAAAGGCUGGGGCGAAAUACCACUAAAACGACAGCAAUCACAUUUUAGGGAAAUCUGAGCCUUUUCCUUCAAGAAAGCGCUUUUCAUCGUGAUAAAAAUUAAACAGCUCUCGUAUUUAAAAAGACCGAACUACCAGACUAACCACGACUAUGGGCUUUGAGAUUUCUGACCAGAUCCUGGAUCCCGUAUCGCUGUGCAUGCUGGAUUCUGCAGCUAUAUGGCCACGUGCCGAACUACAUUACCACUGGAGCUAUUGAAUUUUUAUUUAUUUAUUUAAAUUUCCAUUUUAAUUUCAGCAAGUAACUCGCACUCUCGACAAUGCAGUACGGUCUUCUCGGCUGUCCCAAUGAGUCAAGACUAUGACAAAAACACGACUCACGAAAGCCGUGCAUCCCCGACCGCCUCGUGACUCUCACCUGCGGAGGCGUGUCAGCCACCGCAUCGCGUUUCCAGGGCGCGUUGGACUCGCGAGCUCAUUUCGGACGCGUCCGUGGGGCGCGUGCGUAAACAGGUCGCCUACAGCUCACCUGUCUACUGUCUAAGACGGACGAUGCGGCAUCGUGCAGCUCUCGCGGAGGGGACGUGGGUCGCGCUCGCUGGUCUUAACAGUGUGUUUCCGUGACGGUGCGUUAGUGGCGCACGCGCACACACACGCGCGCGCGCGCGCGCGUUUGACUGUCGGUUGCACCGCGCGGGGAGCACUAAUCGAGCAUCAUGGAGAGUUGUGGCAGUUCACUGCUCUUCAAAGCGCUCGCUAUAGGCGCGAUCGUCCUGACCGCCGCCGUGCUGAUGCACGCCCGGGAUCCCUGCGACCUGCUCUUCGGUGCGGCGUACCCCGAGCUGUGGAGGAAAACCGGGCUGGCCGGAGCCCCGGCGCGGGCCGCGGCGUGCAUCUCCGCGGGGGUGCUGCUUCUCGCAGCGGGCUGGCUUUACCGCUUGCUGUUCGCUCCCCUGGAGCUGCUGCGAAGCCCGGACGACGUGGGCUACAUCGCCGCGGAUGGUCGCUCCCGCGCCCAAGCCGCGAACGAGGUGCGUCGGAGGCGCAAGACCGGAGAGCUGCCGCCGGUUUACCCGAACGGGUGGUACCGGGCCUUAGACUCGCACAUGCUGGAGCGAGGAGACGUGAGGAGCGUGACCGUCCUGGGUGAGCAGGUGGCCGUGUUCCGUGGUCAGGACGGGAAGGCCUAUGUUGUGGGUGCCUACUGCCCUCACCUGGGAGCCAAUUUGGCAGUUGGUGGGAGAGUGAUAGGCAGCUGCAUAGAAUGCCCCUUCCAUGGGUGGCAGUUCCGCGGGAGCGAUGGAAAGUGCGUCAAGAUCCCAUAUGCUGAGAGAGUGCCUGAGUUUGCUAAGGUUCGCUGCUGGCCAAGUUGUGAGAUCAAUGGGCAGAUCCUGGUGUGGUUCCACUGUGAUGGAGAAGAGCCAGCUUGGAGCGUCCCCGAGCAGAAGGAGAUCAGCCGUGGAGAGUGGGUGUACCGUGGGCGAACCGAGCACUUCAUCAACGCACACAUAGAGGAGAUCCCAGAAAAUGCUGCAGAUAUCGCUCAUCUGGCCCACCUUCACACGCCAGGCAUUGUGAGUGGAGUGGAUCUGCGCUACACCAACAGCAAGACCUGGGAGUUCCUUCGGCACAACUGGAAGGUGGAGUGGACUCCAGAACCAGAGCCAUAUAAACACUGCUCUCAGAUGCUGGUGAAGCAUGCUCUUACUGUGUUCGGCAAACACUGGCCUCUUUUGGAUCUUAACGUGGUGGCUAGGCAGGUGGGGCCUGGUGUGGUAUUCCUGCUGUUUGACCACAGCUUCCUGGGUCGGGGGGUUAUCAUGCACUGUGUGACCCCAUUGGAACCACUGCUGCAGUGUGUGUCACACACCAUCUUCUACCAGAGCGGCAUCCCCCCGCUGGUGCCCAAGUUUAUCCUGCGAGCAGAGUGUAUCCAGUUUGAGCGGGACGUGAUGAUCUGGAACAACAAGAAGUACAUUUCUAAACCAGUUCUGGUGAAGGAGGACUCAGCCAUCCAGAAGCACCGGCGCUGGUAUAGUCAGUUCUACAGCGAGAACAGUCCACGGCUGCGCUACCAGCUCGACACAAUGGACUACUGACCACACACAGCCUGGACUGGAGCUUUUAUGCAAAAGUUUAGCCGAAUGCUAUGAAAUGGACAAGACACUCAUUUUGGACGAGGCUGCAGCUGCUACGCAACUAGUUUUAGAGGGGAAAAAAGUCUUUCCUCAGUCUUGGAACCCAUGAGUUGUUUUUCUGAACUGACUGAGCCCAUAUUUUUAAAUAUUCAAAAAUGUUCCACGUUUCACAUGUAAGAACUGAAAGUCUCAAUGCAAGUAAGUACUGUUAGAGAACUCAAUGGCCUCUCAGAGGACAGUGAAUCUGCAGUGAGGGGAGAUCUGCUUGCCUGUGACUGAACAGGUGUUCCUACCAAUGUAAGCAAUAACUGUCCAUGUGCCAGUGGAUGAACUGAAGCCACAAAAACAAUCACGUGCCCACUGUGAAGAAGGAUCCAAAGAGCAUGUCCUUCUAAUGUAUCACAAAAACACUGUGCAAGUAAGCAACAACAAAUUUAGAUGUUUUGACACUAUAAUCAUUCAGACUCGAUGUAACAUGAAACAAUGACUAAAGGCAGAACUUACUUUGAGACUGAACCAUAGUGAAAUUUAGUUGUUUUAGGUGACCAUAAGUAAUACACUCAAAAACGAAUUUUUAUCAUCGUAUGCAGUAACGCCCAACAAACAUCCCCCAUAGGCAGUCUAGAGUUGCACGUCCCUCCUUCACUCUGGUACAGGUUAACUUCUUAACCGUAUAUCUCCAUAUAAGACUUUGUUUCGGAACUCUAAAGGACUGUUUUUAUGGACCGUAAAGAAUUUUUUUUUAUCUACUCGAAGGAAACUUACUGUGACAUACCCAAAAAUGAGACACUGUAUCCUGAUAAAGGACAUUUUGGAAAUUGGAUUCACUGUGCUGUGGUCUCAGGAGAAGAAUCAAGUGCAUUCUUGAAAAUCAUUGCAUUUUUUAAGCAUAAUUAUCACUCGGUAGUGCUAAAUCUCUUCAAGUCUCUCAAAGCAGGAAUCCAGUAAGACUCUGCAGGACCGGUAGCAGUCGGUCCAUUGGAAGCCCCCGCCAGGAAGGCCGUGGACGUAGAUGGGCCCUCCAUGCCGCUCCAACUGCAGGAUUGAUUUUGUGGUGCAAGAGGUCACAGCUGCAGUGGAGUCGUCUAAAGCAGGACGCAGUGGGGAAACAUGACAUGACUGCCAAUGGCGUCUCCAACCCCAGCUGGGACGUUUCCAGAGGUAGCACAUUCCUACCACAUAUGAAGAGUUAGACCAUUUCGCACUAGCUAUUGACUGCUGAUACGAACCAGUAGGAACCUUACUAAACUAAAACGCUUCUGUAUUGUUGAUAGGGUCGUGGUUUAGUUGAGAUUUCUGUUCGAGUCUUGUGUUAAUGAGCUAAGUAACUUCAUUAGGAGACUCUAGAUUACGCACAGAAAGCCUUCAUGUCUGAUAAGACCAACAAUCUUAUCAGAAGCCUGAGUUCAGAGCGCCGUGCAGAGAGCAGGCGCCUUCGUCCUUGUGCACUGAUCCCCUGCACCCGAUACGCUCGUGUGCCAUGUUGCUAACUAUGCCCGCCACUGUUCAUGUAAAUGUUCAUGUAAACAAAAAAACAAACAAACAAAACCUCUGAAAUAACUUCCAAUAAGGUGACGUGAGUCAUUCAAGCAUGAAUGCUUGUGUUAGUGUUAGCUCGUGGGAAAUGUCACAGCUAAGGGCUAAGGGUGUCCUAAUCUGACUUGUGGAGUGGUUCAGAGACAUGUGUGCCAGUUUUUAUUUAGAUAUAGAUUGCAGUUCUACAAGUCAAAGCUUUGCUGAUUGUUUUAAUGUUGAGACAUUUUAGUUUUUGAUUUUUAAGAUGAAUUAAGCUGAAUCCAGCCCCCAUAAAAAGCUCCUCAUUUCUCAGUUGUGUUUUGCAUUUUUGAUAUGAUAAGCUUUAUUGCACCAUAGUCCCUGUUUAAUAGUUUCACAUAUGUACAUCAGCAUACAAAGCUUUCCUUUAAUGACAAACUUUCUUUUUUGUGCUGUUUGAAAUCCAAUGCAACAUUUUUUGUGUUUUGAAAAGUACAAGAUAUGUUUUCUUCUUAUUUAAACUGCUGUGUUCCUACACAUGGCUGUAGAUAUUGGAUGCAUGUAAAAAAAAAUGCAUAUAGGUAUAUUAAUUAGAAAUUCAAAAAUUAAUCAGUCGUAGGUAAUAUCAGCUCAUCAGCUCAUUAGCUAUUUAUAUCACACUGAAUAAACACUGAUGUGUGUAAGCUAUGAGAAUGAUUAGUGUUGUGCACAGGUUAAAAUCAUCAGCCUGAAAAGAACUGCACUCUCUUCUAAAGCCAAGCUUGUCAUGCAGAGCCAGUCAGCUUUAACACUCUCUCGUGACCAGCUCUUAAUGCCGAGUGGCAUUAGUUCAUCUGUCUGACCACGCUGACAUGACUGGAGUCUUUUACAACAUGAGCCAUAUGCUGGAUCCGGUCUUGCUAAUAAACGUUGAAUGUCAUCCAACUAGACAGAGAGAGAGAGAGAAAUCACAUGAGGUCACUGCACUGGAAACAUGUCAGUAUGCAGAUGUUUUUCACAUCUGCCGAUGGUGCCGUGUUAAAGGCAACUAGCUGCACUACACCUGCACUUUCUGUCUGCUUGGAGACUAGAUGCCCAUUCGGUCCUAGCGGAGACCGCACGGUAAAGCACAAGGCGGAGAAAUCAAAUGUGACUCACUGUGAUGGUCUGAGAUGCAGUAAGCAUUCUGCAUUACUUUUGUUAGCCUCAGCUGCAGUUAUUUGAUGAAAGUUCUAGGCAUUUGUACUGAAUUUUUAGGGUUUCAGUAAAUUCUUCAGGUUGCACAUAUCUAUUAUAACCAUUAUGGAAUGGUUGUAGAUAAGAGAUAAUUACAUAAUUGGGGGGGAAAUGUCCUUUUUAUUGUUCAUUUGGUAUUGUUGGUCAAGCUGUUUUAAGUGAAAUUCAAGAAAAUGUUUUCUGGAUAAACUGCUGGCAAUUAUUUUUGAAAUCCAAUGCAACAAAUUCACUGUAUGCCGCAUUUUUUUCAGUUGUGUUAAAUAUGAGAAAAAUGUGACUUUGCUUCACUAAUGCUCUGAGGUAGUAUGUUUACUUAUGUGCAACGUCUUCUACUUGGAAUAUGAAAGCCUUUUACUAAAGUAAAUUAUUCAAAUAUAAACUUUAAAAGGUAGUGUGGAAGACAUUUAUGGAAAACAGUUCUAUACUCGGUUUAAAGAAGAAAGAGUCACCUGACCUGAACCACAGAGUGCGCCAACACACUACAGUCUGAGUACAAAUGUGGACCUGUGAACCUCACAGGUGGAGGGAACCUCACCUAAUUCUAGACUGUCCAGUGUAUGUCAUUGGGACAUGUAGUCAAAAUAUAAUUACUGGAAUCCUGUAUAAAUUUGAAUCCAGAUUCAUAAAUAAAAUCCUCAGAAUACAAAACAA